ACCAGAGUAAAAACAAGUGACUGAUGUUAGAAACCAUCAAACACUAACCUUGAACACCUGGGGCUGUCCCUCUAUGCAACUACUACAAAAUCUAUAUAAAUAUGCAACAAGAUCUUGCUAAUUUCAUCAUGCAAAACUCUCCCCAAACUUCCUCGAACUUCUCUCAUUAACUAGCCAGCAUUGAUCUGUUCACUUACCUCUUACAAUGUCUAAGAAUGUUGUGGCUCAGUCUCCUCUUCAGAGAAAUAGCUUAGCCUCACUUGACCAAAAGCUGGCCAUGGCAAAGCGCUGCUCACAUGAAGGAGUAGUUGCAGGAGCUAAGGCAGCUGCACUUGCUACCAUUGCCACUGCUAUUCCAACUCUGGCUAGUGCAAGGAUGCUGCCAUGGGCAAGAGCCAAUCUGAAUCCAACAGCUCAAGCUCUCAUAAUUUCAACAGUUGCUGGAGCGGCAUAUUUUAUAGUUGCUGACAAGACUGUUCUUGCUACUGCAAGAAAGAACUCCUUCAAGAGUCGCAGCUCUAGCGUUGAGGCAUGAUGACUUAAUUUUUAAUCUGAGGUCUUAGUUAUAUAGACCUUGUUUGUAGUUCAUCAAGCUAUUUGCCUAAGAAGCAAUUGUAUCUGUAAGCCAUCAUCUAUAUGUAUGAAUAAAUAAAGAUGGAGUUCACAUGUGCA